AUGGCGAAACAAGGCCUGACGGUAAAACAGAUGGUGAGGCAGACAGUGAGACAGAUGAUGAGAGAGAUGGUAACACAGAUGGUGAGGCAGACAGUGAGACAGAUGGUGAGGCAGACAGUGAGACAGACCGUGAGGCAGAUGGUGAGGCAGACAGUGAGACAGAUGGUGAGGCAGACAGUGAGACAGAUGAUGAGAGAGAUGGUAACACAGAUGGUGAGGCAGACAGUGAGGCAGAUGGUGAGGCAGACAGUGAGACAGAUGGUGAGGCAGACAGUGAGACAUGAUGAGAGAGAUGGUAACACAGAUGGUGAGGCAGACAGUGAGACAGAUGGUGAGGCAGACCGUGAGGCAGAUGGUGAGGCAGACAGUGAGACAGAUGGUGAGGCAGACAGUGAGACAGAUGAUGAGAGAGAUGGUAACACAGAUGGUGAGGCAGACAGUGAGACAGAUGGUGAGGCAGACAGUGAGACAGAUGGUGAGACAGACCGUGAGGCAGAUGCUGCCCUUCCACUACUUCCACGGGACAUGGUGCAGGACAUUUGGAUCGCUGCCAUGGACGAAGGCCCGGAGACAGAGAAGCUGAAAAACCGUAUUGCCAAAGCCCACCCAAACAUCUACCUCUUCAUCUGCAACAUCAAGAAAAUCGAAGCCGUAGACAAAGCUAAACGUGCUCAGCUCGACUGUGGUGCCCUCCCCAAGUCACGCAAGCGUGGUUACACAGAGUACGAUGCGAGACUUCUGAGACUGAAGAAGCACCUCCAGAGCGGCAGAAAAACGCCUCUUCAGUACCUUGAUGCUGCUGGACAUCUCAUCAAGUGA